GAGCGCGCACUCCCUGCUCCUCCUCCUCCUCGCUGGCGCUGCCUGCCUCUCCGCACUCGCUGCUCGCGCCGGGCGCGCUCCGCCGGCUCCCUGCUCUCCGCGCCACCCUCCUCCGGGCCGCGCUCCCUGAGGGAUGGUACUGAAUUUCGCCGCCACAGGAGCCCGGCUGGAGCGCCCGCCCCGCGGCCUCGCCUCCCCGCCGAGCCGCCAGCGCCUCGGGACGCGAUGAGGACCUGGGCUUGCCUGCUACUCCUCGGCUGCGGAUAUCUCGCCCAUGCCCUGGCCGAGGACGCCGAGAUCCCCCGCGAGGUGAUUGAGAGGCUGGCGUACAGUCAGAUCCACAGCAUCCGGGACCUCCAGCGACUCCUGGAGAUAGACUCCGUAGGGGCCGAGGAUGCUCUGGAAACGAGUGUGAGAGCCCAUGCAGGCCGGGCCCCCAAGCAUGCACCUGAGCAGCGGCCCGUGCCCAUCCGGAGGAAAAGAAGCAUUGAGGAAGCCAUCCCCGCGGUCUGCAAGACCAGGACCGUCAUUUACGAGAUACCUCGGAGCCAGGUCGACCCCACGUCCGCCAACUUCCUGAUCUGGCCGCCGUGUGUGGAGGUGAAGCGCUGUGCGGGCUGCUGCAACACCAGCAGCGUCAAGUGUCAGCCCUCCCGCGUCCAUCACCGCAGCGUCAAGGUGGCCAAGGUGGAGUACGUCAGGAAGAAGCCAAAGUUAAAGGAAGUGCAGGUGCGGCUGGAGGAGCAUCUGGAAUGCACGUGCACCGCCGGAGGGCCGAACCCCGACCACCGGGAGGAGGAGACGGGAAGGCGUAGGGAGUCAGGUAAAAAACGGAAAAGAAAAAGGUUAAAACCCACCUAACGCAGCCAACCAGAUGUGAGGUGAGGAUAAGCCAGCAGCCCUUUUCCGGGACACGGAUGUACAUGGCGUGUUACAUUCCUGAACCUACUAUGUACGGUGCUCAUUGCCAGCGUGCGGUCUUUGUUCUCCUCCGUGAAAAACUGUCUCCAUGCACACUCGGGAGAACAAAGAGACAGUAUACAUUUGUUUAAUGUGACAUCAAAGCAAGUAUUGUAGCACUCGGUGAAACAAUAAGAAGCUUCCUUGUCAAAAAAAAAGAGAGAGAGAGAGAGAGACAGAGCAAACAGAACCACAAAACAUGACAAACAAAACUGACUCACAAAAAUAUCUAAACAGUUGUCGGAAUGGAGGGACACCCCGUGGGAUGGAAGCGACGUGCCUCGGCCGACCGGAUUUCUGUCCAGGGUCACAGGUGCUUCUGCCAGGGACACAGCCUGCUUUCUGGAGGAUUCCGGGCGGGGGCCGAGGGCCCUGCGGGGCACGCGGGAGCAGGGAUGUCCCAGAACUGCCACGGGACUUAGAAACACAUCUCCUUGCUGUAGUGUUUAAGUCUAUACAGAAACCUUCCUGAGAGCCUUAA